CAACCAAACACAUCCACCCCUCUUUUUUCCUCUCCCCUUCGCUCUCAUGACCUUGUUCGACGCUCGUCUUGUCUCUUCCCCACUCUUUUGACUCUGUAGUACACAUUCAGGGAGCUGUAUUUAAAAUCAAAGGGGAGUAUUAACUUCAAACUUUUGACGAAGUAGAAGCAGAAUCAACGAAAAUCUCCAUGGCGGGCUCGUCGGAUCCCUCACCUUCUCCCAAGAUCCUUUUGGCAAAGCCUGGUCUAGUCAGCGGUGGACCUGUUGCCACGAAAUUCGGCCGUGGCAGCAGCGGCGUCGAAGACGAAUCGGCGCAGUUCCGCUCUCGUCUUCCUUCAGUGGCUUCCCUAAACCUUCUCUCUGACUCCUGGGAGUUCCAUAUUGAUCGCUUUUUGCCUUUUCUAACAGAGAAUACGGACUUUACCGUGGUUGGAGUGAUUGGACCACCCGGGGUCGGCAAGUCAACAAUUAUGAAUGAACUCUAUGGGUUUGAUUCGAGUUCACCUGGGAUGCUGCCACCUUUUUCCAUAGAGUCCAAUGAUACUUCAGCAAUGGCAAGGCAUUGUUCUGUGGGCAUUGAGCCAAGGAUAUCUUCUGAGCGUAUUAUUCUUCUUGAUACCCAGGUAUUUCACUGAUUAUCUUGUUUAGCCAUUAAGUUGUGCCAUUUUUCUUUUCCGUGGAAGCCAUUUGUGUAGAGUUAACGCCUUCACACUCAUAUUUUGGAAUUUGAAAUCAGAAUCAGAUUGCUAAUGAUCCAUUCAGAUUAUGAUCUCAAAAUGCAUGUUAUACCCAUUUAUAACCCUAAAUCUAAUUGACGUAGGAUGAUACAAACUGAGGAAUUAAAUAAUGUUUAUUUUGGAGGUUAGAAAAUGAAGCCCCA